AUGUCCAGCAGGGAACAUCGAGAGGGAGCCACGGCAGGCAACGCUAGCUAUGUCGAAUUAUCGCACCCAGAUAACUCCAUACCAGUGAACCGGUUUGUAACUCCGCUUCAUAUCGUACCUGAAUGGUACUUUUUAGCAUAUUAUGCGGUGUUAAAAGUAAUCCCAUCCAAAACGAGGAAACAGAAAAGCGAAAACAAUGCGAUGUCUCACGGCUUCUGCACUCCACGUCGCACCGGAUCUCAAUAUAGGGUCUGA